CCCAAUGGAUCCGCUGGUCAUGGCGCUGCGGCGGCUGCUGCAGCGGUACCGGGACUUCGUGCUCUGUAGCCCGGCGGGAGCGGCGCAGUUAGAGGGCGGCGUGCGCACCGCCUCCUACCUUAUCGCCGGGCGAUUUACUGAUUCGCAUGAACUCUCAGAACUGGUGUACUCUGUGUCAAAUCUGCUGGUGCUGUUGAACGAUGGGAUACUGAGGAAGGGAAUCUCUCAGUCACUGCUGAUGCCUGUCCCCCAGCAGCGGCUGAUGACAUGGCUGACUGUGCUGGAGCAUGUGGAGGUCUUCACGGAGAUGUGCUCGGCCAAGCUGUGGGGCGACGGUGUCCGCUGGCUUGUCAUCGUCCUCAUUCAGCUCUGCAAGACGGUGCUCCGCGUGGUGCUUCUGCUCUGGUACAAGGCCGGGAUCCAGGCGUGCCCACCCAUCACUCCGCUCAACAGGGAGAGGCACAUGUGCAGGGAGGGUCAUGACGGGUGUCCCCAUGAAGAAACUGAAGGCUCCCAGGUCUCUUGUUCCACCUUCGUUGGGCAUCGUUCUCGGAGAGUGGUCCGUACCCUCGACCACACUCCAGCACUGCAUUUCCGUCGCUGGGGAGUCUCCCAGGAGGAGAGACACCAGAGUUUGGAUAGAGAGUCCCAGCACCCCCCAACUACCCUGGGCAAGCAGGAGACAGUGGCGGAAGUGCUGCACAUAGCCCGGCCUCUGAUGCACCUUGUGACUUUGAGUAUUUGCGGACGGAGAUCAUGGAAACCAUGGCUAGUAUCAGGAAUCCUCGAUGUUACCAGCUUGUGUUUACUGAAAGAUGCCAAGGUGGUGACCGCUGAGGAAGAGACCGAGCUUCGGCGCCGGACGUUCAUGCUGCUGUACUACCUGCUGCGGUCCCCUUUCUACGACCGAUAUUCAGAGGCCAUGAUCUUGUUCCUGCUGCGACUGCUUGCUGAUCACAUCCCUGGAGUAGGUUUGGUGGCUCGCCCACUGAUGGAUUAUUUACCAGUCUGGCAGAAGGUUUACUUUUAUAAUUGGGGUUAAGUAACAAUGGGAAGCUGAAAAUGAUAUUAUACUCUUCAUAGACAUUUUGUGCUUUAAGAAGCAUUCUGUACCCACCUCCAGAGGAUCCUCGGGAACAGUGUCUGGUCCUGCAGCCGUGGGGAAUGGGCUCUCCCUGACAGUCACUGUGAAUCAGAAUCGGGCUGUCGCUCAGUCUGACCGCGGCUGUGUUGGAAACCAGGUCAACAUCAGCGGAAGCUCAGAGUUGGACUAUAAUUGUGUGGCAGAGAUGAGAAAGCCCAGUGUCUUUGAGAUGGAGCCUGCAGUCCAUCAGGAAUCCACUCACAGUAUGACAACAGCUGUACCUCCAGGGUUCAACAAUAAAUUUACAAGGAAGACAAUCUAGGGGUGGAAGAUGACACAUAACCUUGUAAUUGUGCUGAUAACCAGCUCACAGUUGCAGUAUCACUGAAUGGAUACCAUUUGGCCCAUCAAGUCCAUACUGACUGUGUGUGAGAUUAGCCCCAAGGGUCCCAUUGAAUGCCACAUUGAAUCUGCCUCCUGCACUGUCUGGGCAUGUGGUUCAGACCCUAACUACUUGCCGGGUAACACCCCGAAGUUUUUCUCAGUUUGCGUUUGGUUGCUUCACAAAGUUUGAUGCCUCACGUCUCAAGUGAUGCUGAACCAGUAUUAUACCAUGGUUUGCAGAAUGUGCUUUUAACCACCUUCUCAACCAGCCCAGCAGUCAGCAUUAACUGAGGCUGCUUCAGAUCAUGUAUGAAAAUGCGUUAACCAGACUAGAUCUCUACCUAAGCUGCAUAUUAAACCCUAUCUCAUUCAACAGGUUUGCAGUCAUCUCCCCAGGUACUUCCUUGUGUGUCUCAAGCUCAGUGCUACUGCAAGUGACAUUGGGACAGUAACAGCAUAGAGCAUCUCAUAAGGAAAACCUACUGCAUCAGACCCAAUCUCUUACUCUGACGUGGUCUGCAGCAGGGUUCCCAUGGACCCCGUGCUUGAUGGUAUUGGUCCAUGGUUGGGAAGCGCGGGUCUAAGGGGUCUUGCCCGUGGGUUCCCGUGGACCCUGUGCUUGAUGGUAUUGGUCCAUGGUUGGGAAGCGCGGGUCUAAGGGGUCUUGCCCGUGGUUUGAGCGACCAGCUUACAGUCUGCGUAUAAAGAGAUGAGGGUCCCAGCUGACUAACCAGUGGUUCAGGUCAUCUGGCUGUUGGUGGGUACAACCCUGCUCCUGUUCCUUCUGUUAAAUUCUUAGCUGGUACCUUCAGUAAUGGUCAGAUUGAGAAUCAGUGUCAUCUAACAGAGAGAGACACCAUGAGUUAGAACCGUCACAAUCAGCUCGUGUGCUGGUCCCUCGGGCACUUAAUCAGAUAAUGGGAUCACUGCAGACUGACUGACUGAUAGCAUCUUCACCCAAUGCCAGGGAGACAGGCUCACAGCCCUGACAGUUGUGGUGAGAGUGUGAGCUGGGCUCCGAUAAUCGGACCGGACCCUGUCACAACCCGACUGAUUGUAUGAAGGGGUGGGCUCACAGUAUUAACAGUUGGUGCAGAACAUAACCUGACUCUCUAACACUGACUAUAACUGCUUGAUGCAACUUCUCAAUCUGACUGGCACCAGUUCACAAUGUGACCAAAUGAUUAGAGCUUCCAGCGUACAAUCGGAUUAUAACUGUGGGGGCCAGCUCAAAGUGACUCUGAGCUGUGUGACAAAGUUCACAAUCUGAUCAUAACUGUAAAUACCUCGUGUCCAGCCCACCACUUGGACUUGCGGUUAGACGGGAGCACAUAGCCUGGAUCAUCAGUCUCCUCAGUCAGAAAGAUUGUCUGAAAUGGAGGGAGGGGGAAGGAAUGUUGACUCAGACCAUCAGAGGCCUGCAUCGGGCAUUUUCAUGCAAGUUGGAAGUCUGUGUGGGGCGCGUCUCCUGAAAGGACCAACCCUUAAUCAGACUCUUAACUGUGUAUCAUGGGUGACUCAUAGUUGGUUCUUACCUGACCGAGGGUUCGACAUACAACCUGCAUGUAGGUAUGAGCUCAGAACAUUACAGGAGGAGGAGUUCGCCAUUCCUCACGCUUCACCAUUUAUCAGGGGCAUAGGUAAUCUUCUACCUCAGUGCUAUCUUCCCACAAUACCUCCAAAUCCCUUGAAGCUAAGGACCAUUUGAGAGCUUUGGUGAUGGAUGCCUGUGGGCCAGAGAAUUCUAAGAAUUCGUUGCCCUCUGAAUUACUCCAUCAUCUCGGUCCUGAAACGCUCGUCUCCUUAUUCCGAGAAACUGCCCUCUGGUUUAGGAUGUGGCUGGGGAGGCACCUUCCUGGCACCCUGGCCUGGAGCCCUAUAAUGAUCCUGCACAUGUGAAUAAGAUCACACCUUGUUCUUAUGAAUCCUAGAGCCACUCUGCUCCGUCUCCCCUGAUAUGGCAAGCCUGAUCUCCUUGGGAACAGUCUGGUAAAUCUUCACUGCACACCUUCUAUGGCUGACAGAUCCUUGGGUACAGAGACCAAAACUAUACACAGUACUCUAGGUGUGGUCUCACCAAAGAUCUGUAUCAUUGUGAUAAGAUGUAUUUACUUCAGGACUCAAAUAUUCAAUAAAGUCCAAAGAACCCAUCUGCUUCCUCAGUUAUUGCUGCACAUUAGCUUGUGGUGAUCUUGGCACCAUAUUGGUGACCUUGCAUUCUGCACCCCCUCACUCUGCUUGUCCGUGUACCUUUGAAGCCUCUUCACCCUGCUCCUCCAUCUGAAUCUGAAUCAGGUUUAUUAUCACCAGCAUGCGACGUGAAACUUGUUAACUUAGAAGCAGCAGUUUAAUGCAAUACAUAUAUAGAAAAAAAUGAAAUA